CUCGGGAAUUUUUUAGAAAUGAAAAUAUCUCGUUUUAAAAAGUCCCACAAAACCCUGGUGUUUUUCGCCUCCAAUUUCGACUAUCGGGAACCCUACCAAGUGCUCAUUGACGCCACCUUUUGCCAGGCAGCUCUGCAGCAAAAAAUUGGCAUAGAUGAACAGAUCAGGAAGUACUUUCAGUGUGGCGUUAAACUGUUGACCACCCAGUGCGUCAUCCUGGAGUCCGAAUCCUUGGGAGCACCGCUCACUGGAGCCACUUCGAUCGUCAAGCGAUUCCAUGUCCACAAAUGCGGACACGAGGGAAAACCAGUGGCAGCCGCCGAAUGCAUUAAAUCUAUGACCAAGGACAAUCGCUAUGUAGUAGCCUCCCAGGAUCGUCUGCUGCAGGAAAGUCUUCGCAAGAUUCCGGGACGUUGUCUACUGUAUCUGCACAAGGCCACGCCCGUUUUGGAAGCCCCAUCCAAAGCCUCCAAAAAGUGGGUGCAACGACGGGCCAAGAACUUGAUGCUUGGCAAACAGGUUGAGAAAAUCGACUAUAUGAAGGAGAAGCAGGGUCUUAAGCCAGCUGAAACUACGGACAAACCCAAGAAGCACAAAGGACCCAAGAACCCAAAUCCACUGUCCUGCAAGAAGAGCAAAAAAGAGAGAAAACCAGAGCUCAAGGGAGUCGAACAGACCACAAUAACCAAGGCGAAACGAAAACGGGUCAAGAUACCAGCUCAUGUCAAGGCAGCCUUGAAAGCAGAUUAGAUUAAAUUUCGUUUAAAGAGUAGAUAAAUAUAAGAUGAUGAAAAGUAAA